AUGAUCUUUGUUCUUGGCUCGAAGAAGAAGAGAAACCCACCGCAACGAUUUCCUUCUCUCGGGAUCCAUCUCUCUUCCAAGGAUCAAUCGGUGCCAGAUCUCGCAAAGACCCAGCUCCAAAAAUCCCUCGACCAGCUCGAGAGCCGCGAGAUCCGAGGAGAUUUCACCCUCUACAGCUCGCUCUUAGCUCAAUGCAGCGCCGCCAGAUGCCUCGCCGCGGCACGGCGGAUCCAUGCCUUGAUCCUACGCGAUCGAUACAACUCAGAGCUGGUCAUCAACAAUAUAGCCGUGAGGAUGUUUGGCGCUUGCGGUGGAUUGGACGAAGCAAGGAGUCUCUUCGCGAGAAUUCGUCCCAGGAACGUUUUCUCGUACAACAUCAUGCUUGGCGCACUUUCCCAAAACGGGCAUAUUUACGACGCAAGGAAUCUCUUUGAUCUGAUGCCUGGAAGAACAGAUGUGUCGUGGACUACCAUGAUUUCCUCUUAUACAUCCACCGGGGAAGUCUCUCAAGCGAAAGAAAUCUUCGAUGAAAUUCCCGAAAAGGAUAGGAUUUCAUGGAACGCGAUGAUCACAGCAUAUGCCCAAGCUGGGUAUUGUUACGAGGCCCUUGAGAUGCUCAGAAACAUGGAUUUGGAGGGCCUCCAGCCCGACAACAUAACAUUCAUCAGCAGCAUAAAUUGCUGUUCCACUGUCGGCUGCCAGGUGACGGGGCGACAGCUCCAUGAUGAUGUCGUUGAUUUGGGCCUCAUGGCGCAUGUCUCCGUGGCCACUGCCUGCGUUAGCAUGUACGGGAAGUUUGGUCGGGUCGAGAAAGCCACUGAGAUCUUUGACAAAAUCCCGCAAAGGAAUGGUGGACAGCUCUAUAACGCAAGAGUAAUGUUUGAUUGUAUGCCCAUGCAGAACGCUUCUACGUGGAACACGCUGAUUGCGGCGUUUGGCCAGAGAGGGGAUUUGGAGGAAGCCACGGACUUGUUCCAUCGAAUGCCGCUGCCGAAUCUGAUAUCUUGGAACACCAUCAUCUUUGCAAAUGCCCAUAACGGGCGUGGAGAGAAUUCCAUCAAGCUGCUGAUGAGACAAUGUUUGCGAGCCAAGAGGAUGUUCUCACAAAUGAAGGAAAAAAAUACAGUCUCUUUCAACCUGAUGAUAACCAUGAACGUCCAAAACGGGCUCAUAGAUGACGCCGAGAAGAUGCUUUCGACAAUGCCAGACCGGGAUGUUGUCUCAAACAACACAAUGAUGCUGGGCUAUGCCCAGGUUCUCAAGCUGGAGCAAGCAAAGUGUAUCUUUGACAAGAUGCAAGAGAAGAACAUCGUGUCAUGGAACACGAUGAUUCUCGCAUUUGCCCAAAAUGGCCACUACAGCGACGCAUGGCUGCUUUACAGAACUCUCAACUUGGAUGGCUUUCAUGCGAAUAACUUCACCUUUGUUGGUGCACUGGAAGCCCUCUUAGGGAUUUCAUCGCUGCAAGAGACGAGAGCUCUCCACGCGAUGAUCCUCGAGAGUGGAUUCCUCUCCGACGUGAGCGUCGCCACUGGGCUUGUGAACGUCUACGGAAAAUGUGGCAACAUAUCCGAGGCUACCAGGAUCUUUCAUGGCAUGCCCUGGUAUCCUGGAGCGCCAUGGUAA